CUCAGUUCUCGUUUAGCAUUUUGAUUAUGCGUUUGCUUUUUCAUAAUAUUUUGUUAGCUAAUCCGUUGAAAAGAUGUUACGUUUAAGAAAUGUAACAAAAAUUGGAAAUUCCUUGAUACCAACAUUUCGCUCAUUCUCUUCUCCUGGAUUGCCAGAAUUGACACAGGUACGACACAAUGUCAAACGGGGUGAUUAUGCCGAAUUAACUGGCAAUGAUGUGACCUUCUUUGAGUCGUUAAUUGGUGCAACCAAUUUGUUGCAAGAUGGCCCGGACGAUUUGCAAGGCUACAAUGUCGACUUUUGGCACAGCGUGAGAGGCAGCAGUAAAUUGGUGCUGAAGCCUGGAUCAACUGGGGAAAUCUCGGAAAUUCUUAAAUACUGUAAUCACAGACGUUUAGCCGUCUGUGUGCAGGGUGGCAAUACGGGUUUGGUGGGCGGUUCUGUGCCUGUAUGCGAUGAAAUUAUUCUCUCAAUGGCACGUUUAAAUAAAAUCCUUAGUAUUGACGACAUUACGGGGAUUGUGGCUUGUGAGUCGGGUGUUAUUUUGGAAAAUUUGGAUGCAAAAAUACGUGAAGCAGGCUAUGUGGUACCCUUGGACUUGGGUGCCAAAUCUAGUUGCCACAUUGGGGGAAACGUUUCCACCAAUGCCGGUGGCUUAAGAGUUAUACGUUAUGGUAACCUGCAUGGUUCGGUAUUGGGUGUGGAGGCGGUUCUUGCCAAUGGACAAAUUUUGGAUUUAAUGUCAGAUUUCAAAAAAGAUAAUACCGGCUACCAUUUAAAGCAUCUCUUUAUUGGAUCUGAGGGCACAUUGGGUGUGGUAACGAAAGUGGCCAUAUUAUGUCCUGCUGUAUCUGAUUCUGUACAUUUAGCAUUUUUGGGUUUGAAUUCCUUUGAAGCGGUCCUGCAGACCUUCAAAAAUGCUAAGCGUUAUUUAGGCGAAAUCUUAUCAUCUUGUGAAAUGAUUGACUCUAUCUCCUUGGCUGCCAGUGUGGAUAAUCUAAAGCUGAAAUCUCCCAUUGCAGGUUAUCCCUUUUAUAUGCUUAUCGAAACCUCUGGCAGUAAUAAUGAGCACGAUAUGGAAAAACUAAAUAAGUUCCUUCAAUUGGUCAUGGACAAGGGGGAUGUUAUUGAUGGCACCUAUACCGGAGAGCCUAGUAAAAUGCAAGAAAUUUGGAAAUUACGUGAAGUUCUAGCCCCAGCUAUGACCAAGGAUGGUUAUCUAUUUACAUAUGAUUUGUCUCUACCUUUGCGAUCUUUUUACGACAUAGUCAAGGUGGUCGAAGCACGUGUGGGUCAUAUGGCCAAACGGGUUUGUGGAUUUGGCCAUUUGGGUGAUUUGAAUCUUCACCUGAAUGUUACCUGUGGAGAAUAUUCCAAUGAUUUAUAUCAUCAAUUGGAGCCAUUUGUAUUUGAAUUGACCUCUAAGUUGGGUGGUUCCGUCAGUGCAGAACAUGGUAUGGGAUUUUUGAAAUCGAACUAUUUGAAAUAUUCCAAGAGUACAGAAGCCAUUGCCAUGAUGCGUGAUAUAAAACACAUGUUAGAUCCAAAUAAGAUUUUAAAUCCUUAUAAAAUUUUAAAUUAAGAAAAAACAAAAAAAUACAAAUUGUAUUAUUUUUAAUGCUCCAGA